AUCCCAUGACAGCUCGCAAUUAUCUCUCGCUCUCCGCGGAUUUCCGUCAAAAUGUUUACAUCUCUCGCUUUCCGUAGAUGAAUUUCGCAGCCGUUGCACGUCAACAAAAAUGCUACCAAGAUUCGCCGGCUGCAUCGAAAAUGCGAGUGAAGUUCCUGCAACGCUUGAUUCGUGACAACGCAACCACAUUCCGGAGCAAGCGCCUGUGGUUCCUGAUAAUCGCGGUGACCGUUUUCGCCUGGCGGAAGAGACCAAAUAUUUUCUCCGCCGAGCCGGUCGACCAGGCCGCCUGCUGCGAGCCCAUUGACGUGGUCUACACCUGGGUGAACGGGUCCGACCCGGAGUUUAUCAAAUCAAUCCAGAAAUUCACGCCGGAUUACGACCAGGCACGGUUCGACGAUAAAAAUGAGCUCAAAUAUUCGCUGCGGUCGCUGGAGGCGUUUGCACCGUGGGUCCGGCACGUCUACAUCGUAACCAACGGGCAGAUCCCGUACUGGCUGAACAUGGCCUGCGAAAGGGUCACUAUAAUUUCGCACGCUCAAAUCGCCCCCGAGAACACUCUGCUUCCGACAUUCUCCAGCUCCACGAUUGAAACGUUCAUUCACCGCAUUCCAAGUCUUUCCAAAAAGUUUCUGUACCUGAACGACGAUAUCUUCCUGGGCGCCCCGCUCUACCCUGAAGACCUCUUUACAAGCUCCGAAGGGACGAGAGUGUACACGGCGUGGACCGUGCCGGACUGCACGCUGGGCUGCCCCUGGGUUUACGUUGGAGACGGAUCGUGCGACGCGAUCUGCAACAUUGAAGAGUGUCAGUUCGAUGGCGGUGACUGCCAGGACCACGUGGACUAUUAUGACGACGAGACCUCCACAUCGACGACCCCGAAAGUUGUCUACGAGGUCCCGAAACUUGUCCCCAAAAACAACAUAACUUCGCUGAGCGUUCGUUAUGUAGCCAAGCACCGCAAACCUCGCAACUUUGACGAGCUCCUGAAGAAGCACCCGCCCAACAACACCGAGCUCAAAUCGUUCGUCGACCAAUUCAACAAUAACCAAAAACGCCAACAUUCCAAAGCGACCCCCACCACUGAGGCUGCUCAGAUUUCAUCCUCGAAGGACAUCUACGCCCAGAAUCUGAUCCACACCAACAGAAUAUUGAACAGUUUUUAUGGAUAUCGGUCCCGCAAAGUCCUGGCGCACGUCGGCUUUCUUCUGGAUCGCGACUAUGUCGACGAAUUAUUAAAACGGUUUUAUCCACAUUUCGAAUUGACGGCAAACAACCGUUUCCGCCAUCCGCAGGAUGUGCAGUUCGCUUUUGCUUAUUAUCAUUUUUUGAUGAGUGAAGCUCGCAAACUGACCGUUUCGGAGAUAUUUGACGAACUGGACACUGACAACUCGUCAACGUGGUCCGACAGAGAGAUUCGGACCCUGCUGGCCAGGAUAUAUCCACUCCCGUUGGACUGGGCGAUUGUGAGAUAUUUCGAGCAAAUUGUGGUGAAUUGCUCGAGGGAAUUGGGCGAGGAUCGGGAGGAUAAUGUCCAAUACACCACGCUGGUGUAUGAGCGGUACGAGGAUUCAAACAUUCCACGGGUAACAAAACGACUUGUUACUCAAUGUUCGCCAUUAACUGAAGUCCUUCUAAACAACUUUAGUGAACGCCCCAAAUACAAAUUCAACGUUAACCAGAAGACUGGGAUGUACAGCAAUUUUAAAAUGCUCACAUCAAAUAUGUCGGAAGUUGUGGACGCGCUUGAUGAACUACGUAAAAAUCCAAAAAAAUUCAACUGCAUCAACGACAAUCUUGAUCCAGCAUACCCAGACGAGAAUCAACUUAUCAAAUUGAUCCUUGAGGACUUCUACCUGUCGUUCUUCCCGCGUCGCAGCCAGUUCGAGCUUCCCGACAAUUUACGUAAUCGUUUUACACAUAUUGACGACUACCUGGCCUGGAAACAAGGCAGAGAAUUUGUCAUGUUUAUUUUGUAUGUGUUCAGUGCCAUUAUGUGUGCUAUGGGAUUGAAAUAUUUUUGUUGUCAUAAAGCGAAAUAUGCCCGGAAAUUUAUUCCUUAUAAAUGUUGUGAUAUUUAAUGCGAUUCAAUGGUGAAAGUUACAAGAGGCCCCAGAUGCGUAAUUCUUAUUGAUUCCUUAGUUUUUUUGUGCCCCAGAAUUCGACGAAUUUAUUUUGAGAUUAUUUUUGUUUAUUUCAAUGUAUUUUGUGUGAAAUGCAAGUAGGUUUAAGGUAAGCUAAAAGUAGAUAUCCAUUUGAAUAAAUCAUCGAAAAUAUUUACAAAUA